CGCGUCACUCUAGCGGACGAUUUUAAAAAUUAUUUGACAGGUACGGUUUUGCGCUGGAGUGUCGGCAAAGUUUUUUUAUUUUUAAAUAAAAAAAAGCCGCUGUCGCCCCUCGGAUGAAUACCGAGGGCGAAGUCCCAACCCAAGCGAGUAGUUGACGCGUAUCUUAACAUCUCCUCCGCCGAUGCCUUGCUUUAUUUGCGUGUUUAUGAAUGUCCAUAAAUCCGGUGACAGCGAUGGACGUUGACUCCCCAACAACAACGGGGACCCUCAAACGGUGCUCCAGUGCCCCAAUGAUUCACGAAAAUAGCGGCUCCAACAGUAUGACCGCAUCAGCACCCAACAAUUCAAAUAACAGGGAUCAAACAUCAUUUUCACUUUUUGGUCCAUCAAAUACACGGCCGAGGAGAUUAAGCGCAAGUUCUAGUCCAUUAACAGGUUCAUCGGGUGGAAAUUUACGUUUAACACCACGAAUAAAUCAGAUCCGGCAAGAAGAGUGCGCCGAUUUAGCGAAUCAACGCGAGCAAGCGCACGAAAGAGAAGUUCAAACGCGGAUGCAAAUCUCACAAUCUUGGGAGGAUCUCCGAUUGGUAAAUGACACUGAAAAACCGGGCAGAAUGGGGCCCCUUCAAAUUAACUUACCCAAUCACCACACAAAUUCAUCAUUUUUAUGUAAUUCUCCUUCACCUACACGUUUAAAUUCACCUGGUUUUCAAAGUCCCACUCGAGCUAAAGCUUUUAUCAGCCGAAGUUGUAGUCCUGUUUUAAGAGCAAGUCCUUUAGGAGGGGUUAAACGAAAAUUAGAAGAGGAAAAAAGCGACUCGUUCGGGUUAAGUCCUCGUACAAAACGGUUUCAUAGUUUUACUAAUGAUCGUGGGGGGCUUUUAACAACAUCGACAGUUUCUGCAUCUACAGCAACUUCGAGUCCGUUACCUGGAUCAUUGAGUUCUGUGGGGACACCCGAAUCUCUAUCGAGCGCCGAUUCACCUAGCUUUCAAAUGAGGAUGAUUGAUAGUCCUAGUCCUAAUCGAUUGGGGGGAGGUGAACCAAUGAUUUUGUCUAAAAGUGAUCAGGAAAUGGCUGAAGGACCAAGCUAACUAUAAAAGGGAGCGAUAUAUGUUUAAAUCUGAGACUGGUGUUAAGAAUCUUUUUUUUUUGUUUUUAUAAAAAUAGAGAAAACAUUUUUAGGUUAAGCUCUUAUUUUUUUUUUAAUAUGUGCUUUUUUAGGAAUAGCUUUCGAUUUUUUUUGUUUUUGUUUGAUUUUAGUAACUAAGUUUAAUUAACUCUUUAACUUACAAUUGUUAUAAGUUGGCAAUCUAAGUUCAUAACAUUCUAAUUUGUGGUGUGUUAAAGGGUUAGGAAAAAAUAAGAGCUUUGCUUAUAAUUGAAUGGUUUGUUUCCAUAACUAUACUUAUGUUCAGUGCCCUAGCAAGGUUAACUUUGAAUAACUUAUUUUGGCAUUAUCUUAAAUAAGACUUUUUCCUUUUAUUUAAUAAUUUUAAUACGUUAUUUUUUUUACUUAUAAAAAUUUGUGCCAAAAAUCACAUUCAAUUGAAAUGAAUCCCAAAAAAUAAUUCAAUUAAUCUAUUUUUUUAGUUUAUUUUAUUAUUUUUCCGUUUUCUAGUCCAAGGACAAAAUAAUUUAAAAAAUAUUAAACGAUAUUAAAACUAAUAAUAAAAAAUAGGAGAGAAAAAUAAGCAAAAAUAUAAUAAAAAAAAGGAACUAGAACUUUUGUACGAUUUUGUUUUUGUUAUUAUUUUCCUUCACUAUUUACAGAUAUAGACUUAGUGCCUAUAGGUAUACUGAUAUACAAGAACAUAAAUAUCUAUUGUCUAGAUACUAGUACAUAUACCAUUAAAAUGUACGUGUUUAUUGUCUAAUGUGUGUUUUAAUUUUCUCUGUUGUUAAAAGAUGUGUUUGGAGAAGGAUGAAAGAUAAUGGGUUUUAGGUUAAGAAAGGAAAAUGAUUUUUAAAAGCAUAUUUGUAAAAGAAAUCGUUAGAAAGGGUAUGAGCAUUAAGCAAAAAAGAUUGCAAUGUUUUCUUUGAUUUUUUCGCGGAAUACAGUUAAGUGAUUGAGUUGUCAUUAGUUAAUAUGUGUAAAUAAAGUUUGUUGAUCGUAA